AAUUGUGCUUUCUGCUCUUGUCAACGACCUGUUCGCACGCGAUCAGCACCUUUUUGGCCCCGAUGAGCAACCAGAGAACGUGCUUUCAGGGUUGUCAAGUGAUUUGUCGCCCAUGUCCAUUGCAUCAAUCGUAGCCAGCGGCACCGCUUCCUCCACUGAAUUGCGCUGGGCCCAAAUGGAUUUUGAACCGUCGCCAGGCGUUCCCAUUUCCCUCGCCCCCCUCACCCCGAUCUCGUCCUUUCAGCAAACUAGGGUCAAGUCCAGCCUUGCCCCGGAAUCGAAGUCGGGUGGACCUCCAGCGCGAUCUAUUUUUUCCUCGAUUCCUCGUGGGGCCGGUAUGGAGUCUCCAUGGGCGCUUGGAUCAUUGAACAGUCUAUCUGCAAGGGGACCCGAGUCGGCAUCGGCAUCCCACUCCGUUUCUAGCCCGCCCUUUGCUUCAUCAUCUUCGGGGUCGCAUGCAAGCCGAGGCCCUCGAGUGCGCAAAGCUGUCGGGCGUUCUCGGGAUUUGUACAAUUCUGGAAUUCGAAGGUGUUGGCCCAUUUGUGCAAGUCACCUGACGGAUUUUGAUGAAUGUCCACCUGAGUGCCUUCACGCAGAGGCCUAUGCAGCGGACAAGAAUGGUCUCCUUACACUAUUAAUUCAAAGAAGCCUGACCACGAUCGGUUCAGGGUUGCCGGACCCCGGCAUUCCAUUGCGCUCUGCUAUUCCUCAGUUUGUCCUCAACGACGUUAACGACAAGGGCGAACCAAAGGAACUCGCCAUCAGCGGAACACGGAUGGCUGCACUUUUGCCGCGAUUCCUUAGGCUAUCUGCCUUCGUCGCUCGAGAACUUGGUUGUGAGAUGCGUGAGCAGCGGCAGCAAUUCGCUGAUGUGAAGGCCGGGACUGUCAUACCUGCGGAGCCCUCUUCCUCCAACCCCACUUCUAUUGCUGACAUUCCUUCCACCACUGGCGACGGGCGCCCCACCCGCAUCUGGUAUGCCUUACUGAGUGGUAUGGUCACUAGGGCCGCUUUAGAGGGAUACCUGGGACGUGGUUGGUUGGGGCCCGAUGCUCUUGAAAUCCUUUUUGGUAUUGGGGUAGGUGUGGACUGGGAAGAUGUUGUUGAGAAACCUGACGAAAAGAAUGUUUCCGCAAUGCGUGCCCGCUCGGGAUCGACCUCAUCCGACGUGAAAUCCGUGGAGGAUGAUGGAGUCAGCCAGAAGCGAGGAUCGAUUGACACGUCACUUUCGGAAGCUUACGCUGCCCAGUUUGAGCCCGAUGGCAUGCCUACGUUAGCCGAGGCUGCGAAAAUUCUCUUCAAGCGUGGUAUUCCUACUGGCGUCCCGGGUACUCAGUCAGAGUUGAGUGUUAUCAACUCCUAUGCGAAUGGAUUCCAGACCACAUGUUUGGGAAACACACGCCCCAUUGACACUGAUCCUGAAUGGGCGGUUGAGAUGACUGAACGUGUCUCCGAGUUUGCCAGUGUGCACCAUACGGCCGACCUUCACACGCAUUUGCUUGACCUUUCGAAGCGAUAUCCGGCUGAGCCUGUUGAACGUGCAGUUCUUCGAUUCUUGGAAGCCAUUGCUCAGUGGCGUGGUCUACCAGAAUUGGAACAGGUGGGUCCAAUCAUCUGGUCGUGCCCAUAAUUUGAUUGCUAACUGAUCCUCCGACCCCACAAGUACAAGGAACGUGUUCGAAAAGCCAAUACCGUUGCGACGCAGCCCUCGGCUUCUCUGGAGCGCCGCCGUGGUUCUCUGUCCAUUUCUUCUCUCGUGCACCCCACAGAGACAUCUGACCCGACCUUUGAGCCCAGCUCUUCCGCUAUCUCAUCCCAGUUGAAUACUCCCGUUACUUCUCCUGUCCUUAAAUACUUUGUCGU